AUGGCGCCAUCACCAACCCCGCCAACAGCAACUCCAACAACCCUCAUCACGACAGUUGCAAACCUCAUCCCCCGAACCGCAACAACCGUCUCCGUCUACAUCACUCAGAUUCCCUCGGCCUCCGCAGCACCAGACACACCAAAGCUCAAGGACCCAGUCUACGGCAACCUCACCUGGACCUUCAUCGUCGUCCCCUGCGUUCCCGUUAUCGUUCUCAUCUUCUUCAUCUUCACCUGCUACCAGGAGCGCCGCCGCGCCAUAAAAAACAUGAAGAAGAACCCCGACAUCGAGAUGCAGACUUUCCACAAGUUCUGGUUUCCCUGGCGCGAGCUCGAUAAGAACGAGGUCCCCAACGAGGUAAGUCAAAGCAGAACCAACCCGUCCUCUUCUCAAAUCACAUCCCUCGCCCCCGGUGCCCGAGAUAGUGGUGUUGUUGAUCCUGGCGAUGCUGCUGCUGCUGCUGCUUCAACUUCAGCUCCAGCUCCCAGCGGCAGCACAUCCCCAGGCAUCCUCAUCCUCGAAGAACACCCCCGUCGCAAGAAGCGUCGAUGGACAGCGUGGCACCCAAGUGACGGAACCCAGAUUCCCCCCAUAACCCUUUACGAGAAUCCCCCCUCCUGGGGCCGACGACACCUCUGGUCCGAGGUCAUGGCGUACCCAUCCCUCCUGAAUCCAGGCCUCAUCCGUCGUCGAAACAAAACCCCCACAAACACCAAGCCCGAUCCCGCCGACGAUACCUCCUCCUCUUCCUCCUACUCCUCCCCUCCGAGCCCGAACGCCUCUCCCCCGAGACUUACCUCCCCUCGAACCGCUCCCCCGAGAAUCUCACCUCCUCGAACCCGCGGCGGUCUACCUGUGAUCACCGAAACGGAAUCCGACGAUGGCGACAUCGCCACCGCUCGAAGACGCCCCCGAUUCGCAGAGCCCACAACUCGAAUCAUCGAACCCGAACGCGAAUCCGGUCCAGAACGAGAUACUAACCCUUACCCUUCCCAGAUCUACGGAAGAACAGGCCGCCGUCGCCACUGGGGCCACGAAGAUGACCAUCCCCGUGAGGGCCAGAGCUCCAGCUCCAGCGAGAACCAGACAGACACGUCAGACGAAGGAGACACCAAUAACGGUUCUGACAACGAUGGAGGAAACCACUCGGACGCAGACUCCAUCACCACACAGAAGCCCCUCCGUCCCCCAACCGACAUCCCCUCCUUCGGCCGCUUCAAGAACAUCUCUUCCUCAACUACCACUGGUACUCCAAAGAGCACCACCACCGCCGCCGCAAGCAGCAGCGGCAAAGGCACUUGGGCAGCAGGCCAUAUCCCCUCCUACUACGGCGCCUCUCCAUCCCCAGCGCACACUCACGUCCACCAGCAGCAGCCAUCUUCAAGCGCAUCCACCUCGGCAACCCCAACAGCAGCAGCAGCCGCCGGCGCCGCAGCCCUAUCCCGCCGAGCCCACGCCGCAGCGUCUCGAGCCUCAGCCGCAAACUCAGACGGCGUCUCCCCUCUCUCCAGCGCGCGAUCCUCCACCGUAACCGUCACCGGCGACUCCCGCCGCCGAACAGCAAACACCGUCUCCAGCAUCGGAUCCGAGCCGGGCUCUCCAACCCGCUUCGGCACUGUCGAGUGGCGUUCCGCUCUCGUCUUUGACUCUGACGAGGAAGAAGGCCAGGGCAGCAGCAACAACAAGACGGGAAAGAAGAAUGCCAAGCCCUAGAACAGCGAGGCCUCUUCUUCUUCCGCUGCUGCUGCUGCUGCUGCUGCUGCUGCUGAUACCGCGCUUCCCGUUGUAGUCGACGAGACCGUGACCAAGGCCAAGUCAAAGUCCAAAGGCAAAGGCAAAGCCAAGGAAUAUACCAAGCCCCAAGACAAAGGCAAAGGCAAGGCGGAAACCCAACCCAGAUCCCCCGGAGCCAAGACCGACAACAUCACCGCCAAGGCCAAACCUAGAUGCACCUGUAAAGGCAAAGGCAAAGGCAACGCCGUAGCCGCAAGUGGCGGUGCUGAAUCAUCCACCUCCGCGUCCGCGUCCGCGUCCGCAUCCUCGUCAUCCUCAUCCUGCCCACGGCACUCUCACCAAAGCCACAACUCCGCCGUGGUCGAGGCAUCCCAGUCCACCCCCGCGGCACCGGACACCCGAGACCCGGCGCGCAAGAACAAGAACAAGGCUCAUCGCAGAUCGAUUACAGAGUGGCCCCGCGUCUGCUCCGGCUGCGGCCAGGUGGGAUAAAGAAGAAGAAGGAAGUAGACUCCCCGCGACGCCAAUUCCCCCUGUCUCAUCGAUUCCGUCUGGCUGUCAAGUGAACGAGAGCGAAACGGUACAGUUACAACGAUCCAUCUGAUACUUUUUCGGAGGACGUGGGGGAGGGAGAGACGGAUGGAAAGGGAAAAGGGACGGCAGUAGAGUGGGCGGCCGAGGUGUUCGCAAAAGGGGAUGGAGAAGAAAACCAACCCACGAUGAACGGCGAUGCCCAUCCACGACGAACACACUUCCCCUCCCGAAUCCAAGAUCCAUCCCACCGACACCACCAUUCCCAUCUCAUCUGAAGAAAAUCCCACCGCUAUCGUUGGUACACCAAAAGCCCCGUACUCGCUUGGCGCCCCGCGGACCCGAAUACCAUGCCAAAGAUGGAAGUCCAUCCUUUUCAGUUCGCCAUGGAGGGGGGAUCGACAAGUGGGAAGGACGGACGGCUCAGUUCAAAACUCUCUUGAACCUUUUCCUCCGCACUUUCUGCACCUUUUUUGCUUCUUCAGCCACAACUCAGGACAAGGUGAUAUCCCCGUCCCUUCCCCCCAUCCAUCACCUAUUUUCCUCUCUCUCCCCUUCGCUCUCUCUCUUGCACACAACUCUUCUAACACGUUUGAGCCAUCGCUCUAGUUCCCUCUCGUUCGCUUACUAC